AUGGAGCAAAAGAAGGCCAUUGAAACGGCCGAAGGCAAAGAGUACGAGAAGAAGAAAGAGAAGGAGAAGGAGAAAACAAUCGCCGGGCUGACUUGGGCUGGAACGGCUGGUGAGGUCACCGUCUUCACCAUGGUUGAGGCGAUCUCAUUCGUCCCGUUCAUCCUGCGGCCAGUGGGACCACCUCCGAGUGGGCGGGGCCGUGAGCCGGCUCCUGAAAAAGCGCAGCUAGAAACGUCUGAUGCAGCAGUCGGUCGUGUCCCACAUCAGAAGCUGCCGUGCUGCGGCAAGACAGCGCAACGGAUGGCCACUGGAUAG